ACUAAAUUCAAUGUAUUGUACUGUGUGUAAUUUAAUGUUUAAAAAAUGCCAUACAAAAAUCAAAUAAUUUUAAACGUUAUAUUGUAUUAAUUUGUUUUUGUUAAAUUAUUUUUUUUAUAAACUGUGUUAAAGUAUUUGUACUAUUUAAGAUGAAUGCUUUUGACGGCUUAAGUAUUUCGGAAAACUGGCGUACAUUAUUUGACAUAAAUGAACGACAACCGUGUCGUAAGUGUUUCAAGUCUAGGAAAUAUUUUUGUUAUACGUGUUAUACAUUAAAUGAAGAUUUAGAAAAUAAAGUACCAAAAGUCGAGGUAUUUCAGAAAUAUAUAUUUUGGUAUUCUUGUACCUAUUAUAAAACCUUUAUAAUUUAUGACUCGUACUUUCAAAGUAUUUUUCCACCAAAUUUUUUUCCUUGAUGUAAGUAGUAAAUAGGAAAAUAAAUUGCAGAUAUAUAGGUAGGUACUAAUAAUUUGCAUUCUCUAAAGUUUAUAUAAAAUGUACAGAUACUAAAAGAGAUAUCAGCACUAACGUAUUUUAAAUAAUAAAUACAAAUACUCUCACUUACUAAUAUUGGUAUGUUUAAUAAAUUAACUAAGCUAUUGAAAAUAGGUUAGGUUAACUAUAUGUUAACCUAUAUGGUAAUUUAUCGUACUUUACUUUCAUGUGAUAUAUAGACCAAAACCUUGACUAAAAUAUUGUUUAUUAAAAACAUAAUUGUUACAAAACUGUACAAAUAAAAUAUAAUUAAUAUAAUGGUGCACAUUCUAAGUAUAAUAUGUAUACAUAAAUAUUUAUAAAAUAUUUACAAAAAUUAUAAUAUUCCUUAAUAAUAAUAUGAUGGAACAAUAGCACAUACCCUACUACCAAUUCAUUAUAAAAAUGAAUAGUAUUACUACUAAUCAAUUACAAUAAUACCAAUGUUUAACUAGAAAAAGAUAUGAAUUAUGAUUUAACUGAGUUUUAUUAAUAACUCAACAAUAUAAUAUAGGAGUAUCCGUAUGUUUUAGCUACAAUAUUAAUUAUUUGUUAUUUUACAGUUGCCAUUCAAGAUUGACAUCAUUAAACAUAACAGAGAAAUUGCUGGAAAAAGUACUGCUAUUCAUGCAAGAUUAUUAGCCCCAAAUGAUGUUACAAUUUAUACCUAUCCUGAUACACCAAAAUAUACUAAAAAUGACAAGGUAAUUUGACAAUAAUUAUUUUUCAUUUCUUACUGUUUUUUUUAUUCAUUUUUGUAUAGAUAUUUGUAAUUUGUAAUUGAAUCAAAACUAUUUAUUAUUAGGAUACAGAGAGGCUAGUUCCAAUUUUUAAUUUUUUUAUUCAAUAUUAUGCACGGGCAAUGCAGUCAUGUAGACAUGACAGUCUAUAAAUUAUAAUAAAUGGAGCUUGAAUUUGUAUAUAGAAUCAUAUUCUUGUUGGAUAUCUGAAAAAUAGAGUGGACCAAAAAAAAUUAUAUUUUUUACCCAGAGUGUAUUUUUAUAUUUUAUUUAUAUUAGUGUAACAAUACCAUUGAAUUAUAUUUCACAGAAAAAAAAAUACAAAUGUUUAGUUCUUGAACAGUUAUUUUAGGUGAUAACGCAAUUUAUAUAGUAUUUUAUUUUGUUUACGUUUUAAAUUAUCAUUGAACAAAUAAUUCCUUCAGUGUAAAUCAUUAGAAUGUAAAUACUAAUAUGGAAAAAAUAAAGUCCUAUAAUUGAUAAGGAAAACAAAAUAAUAUUGACAAAAUUAUUAUAAAUAUAUAUAUUUAUAUAAAAAAAAAGAGCCAAAGGUAAAAAAUGUAAAAAUGUUCAUAAUAUUGAUAAAUCAUCACCUGGAAUUACUCUUGAAAACAUUGUUUUUUAUAAAAUCUUACAUAUAAAACAGGAAAAUAGGAAACUAUGAAAUAUAGAUAUUGAUAAAAAAAAUCCUUUUUUAAUCCUUUGAACAACUCUUCUACCAGUAAUUUUGCUCCGAUUCUUAAUAAUAGCACUUUUUCUAAAAGAAAAUUUGACUGAGGAGGUACUUCAGGAAGGUAAUUUUUGAUUUUCCGAGGAGUUUUCCCAAUAAAUAGGAAAAACCGGGAAAAUAGGUACAAUAUUAAAUAUUUAUUAUUAAAGAAAAUAUAUAAUGCAUAUAUAAUUAUUUUAUCUUAAUAUGGCAUAUAUAUUGUUUACAAAGCAACAUUGUCAACUGAACUCCACUUUAAUUCUUUUUUCAUUAGCAAUGGUUAAUCGUUACUUACAGGUAUACUUUAAAUUACCUAUAUUACUAUGGCUGUACCAGUCUCUAUAUUCAUCUAUAUUUACUGCUCAAUAUAAAUUGUAAACUCACAAACUUAUACUUUUCUUCAGAUAGGACCAAAGCCCAAUGUGAAUAUAUAAUUUUAUAUACAUUUCACAUAAUUUGUAUUCAAUAUGUACUCGGUGGCCUGUGGAUUAAAUUUUCAACCAAACAGAAAUAUUUAAAAAUUUAACAGGAGAUUCAUUAUAAGUUGUACUUUACGACUUUAAUAUUACAGCCUCUCAAUUAAUCAUGUAUGAAAGAACAUGGCUUAUAAUUGUUUUUAUUAGCAAUGGUUUAGAGGUGCUUAGAUAUAUAUUAAACAAUUGUAUGUGUCUUAUUUUCCAACUUCACAGCUAUGAUUUUUGACUAUUCUGUGGUAUAGAAUCCCAAUUAUUUUGAUUCUUGUAUAGAAUAUAGAUUUUUAUAAAAUUGUUAUCUUUAAUUUUAGGUAAUUCUCAUUUAUCCAGGAAAAUCUGCUUUCUCAUUAAAAGACUUCUUGGGUUCAAAAGAAAAGUAAUUAUAUAGUUAAUAUUACAUAGUGUGUUCAAGAUAACUAAAAUGCUCAAAAACCUUUUUUAAUAAGUAAUUUAAAUUAUUUAAAAAAUACAAUCAUCAUAAGUAUGUGUACUUUAUUAGUUAAAUAAUUUAAAUUUAAAUCUGUUUUCAUAUUCAAUACUGUGUCAUUACACAUCAGAGUUAAAAUGUAUUAAAAUUGAUUUGAGUAUUUCCAGUUUUCUCAAAUGUAUUGGAUUUGUAUACUUUUAUUAUUACUUUGUGUUUAUUUUACUAAACACUAAUCUUAUAUCUAAAUUAUAUGUAUAGUAAAUUCCGCUUAAUGUGAACACAUUGGGACUAGUUACUUUUCCCCACAUUAAGUGGUUGUCCAUUUUAACUGAAAUAAGUAUUAUUAUACAUUAGAAUCAAGACCAAACCAAUAUGUCCAUAUCAAGUAGAAUCCAUUGUAUAAAGUAGAUUUCAUUCAUAUUUCAUUUUAUAUUUUUAAUAGGCAAGAAAAAAAUGAAACAGAAGUCUACAGCACAUGUAUUACACAUGCAUUAUUUAUCGACAGUACUUGGAACCAAAGUAAAGGAAUUCUGAAAGAUCCAAAGAUAUCAGGUUAGAUGUUUUAGUUAAGUGUUUUAUGUUAAUAUAUUACUUAUUUAUAAAUUAUAAAUUGUUUUUAUUUAUUUAGCAUUUCCAUGCAUUAAGCUUCAAUUAAGACUUUCUCAGUUUUGGAGACACCAAAAAGGCUCUCCUAGAUGGUUUUUGUCUACAAUUGAAGCUAUACAUCAACUACUUGUCGAAUACACAGACACUAAAGAAUCAAAAAAUGCAUCAGUUGAGAACUAUGAUAAUUUAUUAUUUUUUUUCAGAUUUAUGUAUGAAAAGAUUCAUAUUCUUUAUGAGCAUGAUCAAUUGAAAGCAUACAGGAGACCAGUUAAUAUAUGAAGUAAUUUCUUCAAAUUUUUUAAGGGUCUUUAUUAAUCUAAAUAUUGACACGUUUUGAAUGAAAGUAAUUUCAUGUUAAUAUGUCUGCAAUGUUAAAAUUCUUUUUUUUACAUAUACUAAAAUAAUUUAGUGUAUCUUCAAUAUUAUCAUGGUUAUUACUUCUAUUCUAAUUACUGAAAUAACCCUAAAGCAAGGUUUUCCAAAUUUUUCACAAUACAACUCAUUUUAUUUUUGCCAUCCAUUUCAUACUAAUGACCUAUAUUUUGGUGCUCAUAAGUAACAUAGAAAAAAAAAAAGAUAUCUACUCGAUUAAUUAUUUAAUAUGGUAAAAGUAUAAGUAAUUAAAUUAACAAUUUAAAAAAAAUAUAUGAUUACUUAUUUUAUAUUGAUAGCCAAUUUAACAUUUAUUAAUUUAAGACAGAAAGGUGGAAAAUUGCAAUUUGUUUUAAUAUCAAUCAUCAUUGACCCACUUGACAAUAAUUUUAUAAUGAAUGAAAUUAAUAGACAGUUUCAAUAUGUUGAAUAAGGUUCUUUUCAAAUAUAUUUACAAAUUUUAUAUUUUGUAAUGUAAAAAUCUAUAUAAAAUAUUUAAUAAUAGCCCAUUUUUUGCCGCUCCCAUAGUUUGGAAACCUCUAUGAUGAAGUCUUUUAAACAAUACAUAUAGAAUUAAAUAAUAAACAAUAUUAAUAUAAAUUUUAUUAGUAAAAAAAUAAUUUGUAAUUAAUUAUACAAAAAAAAAAUUGUAAUUUUAGUGAAAAUUUGUUAUGUCAUAUUAAUUAGUUACAUUUUAGUUUAACG